AUGGCAGGAGUGCAAGCCAUAUCAGAGGCGAUCGGCGCCCGGCUGCCCCUCAUCGUACCGACACUCGCUAUUCUCGCCGUAGUGCUCGUCCUUCAACAUGUCACAAGCCGGAGCCCGCUAGCUCACAUUCCCGUCGUGGGACAAGAACUCGGCGGCGAUGAGAAGAGGAGAGUGGCCUAUCUCACCCGGGCCUUGGAGUUAUACGGCGAAGGGUACAAGAAGUUCAAAAACAGUGUCUUCAGGAUUGUGACGCCCAACAAGUUCACCGUCAUCGUCAUCCCAAACAAUUUUCUAGGCGAGCUUCGAAAGCUUCCGGAUGAUGUAGUCAGUUUCGACGACGCCAUUUCUCAGUCGAUGCACGCCAAGUACACCAAGCUCCCGCUCGGCGAGACCCUCGUCCCCCACACAAUCAAGACCAGCCUGACACCCUCUCUGGCACGCCUGAACCCCGCGAUUGCUGAAGAGGUCGAGGAUUCCAUUCGCAACGAGCUUCCCCCCUGCGACGACUGGACUCCUAUCAACAUCAAUCGCAAACUUCUUCGUAUCGUUGCCCUUGUUUCGGGCCGGAUCUUUAUUGGCCCCGAGCUGAGCCGCUCCGAGGAAUACCUUGAUGCCGCCAUCAACUACACGAUUGAGCUGAUGGAGGCUCGGCGUGCCCUGGACGCUGUCCGUCCCUUGUUCCGCCUCUUUAUUGGCAACCGUAUCCCAGAGGUCAGGAGACUCGAUGAGCGCCUAGUCCAGGCCGACAAGUUUAUGCGCCCCGUCGUUGCUGCCCGCCGCGCCUUGCCGGAUCACGAAAAGCCCGACGAUAUGCUGCAAUGGUUGAUCGAUGGUCAGGGUAAAUUUCGGCAGCUCACGACUGAAAGACUCGCCAGGACUCAGCUUGGACUCUCGUUCGCCGCCAUCCACACUACUACCCUAACAGCAACGAACGUGUUUUACUCAAUAGCUGCCCACCCCGAAUACAUCCCGGAGCUCCGUGAGGAGAUUCGCACAGUCUUGGCUGAUAGCAAUGGGGUAUUCACAAGCCCAGCGUUGCAGUCUAUGAAGAAGAUGGACAGCUUCAUCAAAGAAACUAUGCGGCUGUACCCGGCCGGCGCGUCGACCUUCCAACGCAAAGUAAACAAGACAUUCACCCUUUCCAACGGCCAGGUCAUUCCCGCCGGUGUUGUGAUUGAGGUUCCCGCCGCAGCGGUCGGCCUCGACGAGCGAGUCUUCCCCAACGCUGACAAGUUUGACCCCUGGCGUUUCGCCCGCCUGCGCGAGGAGGCCCGCGCUUCUGGUGAGGUUGAAGGGGCGGCUCGAAACCAGUUUGUGUCUGUCAGCGCCGAGGCGCUCACUUUUGGUUUCGGUCGCCACGCUUGCCCCGGGCGCUUCUUUGCGGCUAAUGAGAUCAAAAUGGUGCUUGCCAAUUUCGUUCUUAAUUACGAUGUGAAACUCCCCGAUGGUGUGACCGAACGGUUCCCCAACCUCAACUUUGGCGCCAGCUCUAUUCCUGAUCCGUCAAAGUCACUACUCUUCAGGAAGGUUUCCCUGUGA